AAUAGGCAGUCUGUGUGUAUGCACUGCCAUGACCACUCGAUUGAAGCGCAAAUUCACUUUAACCCGACAAAGCAAUAAUGACAUCAAGUAUCUAAUACUUGGUAUUUUAUUACACAAUUAAGCGUGCGUUAAGUCGGUCGGAGAGAAACCAGAUAAUCCUUCUGUCGCUUCUUCGCAGUGACUCGCAAAAACCCACACAAAUCUGCCGUAUGCGUGUCACUUAUUAAAACCAGUUGCGCACUUAAAUUGGAAGUAAUUUUUUUGUAUAGAAAUAAUUUAACUUGAUUAGACGAAUCGAUCAAUGAAAAGCUUAUUCAAGUAAUAUCUACGACUCGUACAUUAAACCUGAAUGGUUUUACAUGGAACCUGCCACUAUCUGAAGCCGUGUUCUCCAAAUGAGUAUGAAACUAUGCCUCGAUUCUGCACCUCCAGAGUAGUCUGAAACUAUGAUUUGAUAUUUAUUUCACGGUAAAACAAGUGUUUUAGACGCAAGAUGCAUUUAAGAGUUUUUGCAGCGGUCUUAGUGCUGGUUCUUGUAAAGGAAGGUCUAUGUCGCUAUAAAGAGUGGAUGCCAGUGGCUGCAGACCCAGCAGUUUUGUUCAAUUUGAAGGUCCAAAAGAACUCUCGUGCACUCGCGUCCAGAUUGCGUUGCUGGAAUUGGGCUUCUACUAAAGACUGGGCAUUUAUAGCCUGUUACGUUCCUUCAGUCGAUGGAUCAGGGAACUGCACCAUAAUGGAUGAUAAGCCCAUCAGAAAUGGGUAUGUGAAGCGAACGAUCGUUCAAGGAUCAACGAACUGCACGGCUGUCUUCAAAACUGACGCUUGUGUCCUGCCAGGAAAUUCGUCGAUGAAGGUUGGAGAAACGCGACCAAACUCCUACUGCCCGAACCUACUGGAUGUGUGUUCGUCCAGCGGGAUGCUGGACAUCUACAAGAAAACGCAACCUCUCCAGAACUGCACUUCACCUUUCAAAGUGUCCGGGUCCAAGUGUCUGAUGGUGUCCAGUGUCCUGAGAACCUGGUGCUCGGCGCGUGAAUUUUGCCUGUCGAGCGGAGGCGAUCUCGCCUCGGCGCGCUCCGACCAAGACUUCAAUCAGCUGAGAACUUUCUACACCGCUUCUGGAUUCACAGGUCAGUGGGUGUGGAUAGGCGCCUACAAGACCAACGGACAAUGGGUGUGGCUAAACAGCGACAGAGAUCCGUACAAGUUGCCCGACUGGGAAGCGGGACAGCCCAACAACGAAGAUUGUCUACUUUUGUUCAACCCCGAUGUGAAGUUGGGGGACUAUUGGUGUAGUUCUGCUAGUGCAUCUCUUAUGUGUGAAGCAACGCUUAGUCCGUAACGAGGGCAUGUGAUUCGUGUAAUAUUGGUGAAACCAUUGCUCCAGAAAUCAUCUAUUUUAAUUCUCUAUUUCUAUUGAAAUUGUUGUCAUGUAUUUCAGAAUAGAUUCCUUUGAUGGUAAACCUGAUUCGAUGUUAAGCAUCUUUAAAUUAAAAUCAAAGUUCGCGUGAUUGUCACUGAAGAAUGCAUGUUAUGCACUUAUUGUUUCGACCGAUCGUAAAAAAUAUUACAUAAUUGUAAAUAAUUUGAUAUGAGAUAUACGUCUUUUUGUCUUCUGGCGUAUUUUGUUUGAAUAAUUAGUUUUUAAUAUCAUUCUAUUUGCACCACUCACGCAGUUUUGAUUUUCAACUUGAUUAAUAGCAGUAUCCUUACAAACUGAUGGGCCUGUUUAAUGCUAUUUUUAGUAUUACUGAAUGACACGUUAUGAAUAACACGCAAGAUAUCUUCAAUUAAAAUUAUUGUAAGGGCACGACUGUUGCCGUGAACUAUAAUUUGCUUCUGAAAUUUCAGGUGUAGUUUUUUGCAAUUUCGUAAGGCUUUUUUUGUGUGAUAUUAGAGCUUCGAAAUGAAAUCAAUGCGAGACAGUGGCUGACUAAGGAGUUCCAAUAGUUCAAAAUCUUCAAAUUAUCAUUAACAAUUCUAAACAAUUGUAAUUGGUAAAUUAUGGAGAUUGACUCUAAAAACGUUAAA